UGGGGUAGGAGAGGAGGGGGGCAGCGGCUUGCUGCGCACACUUCCCCCAUUAUUAAACACUAUGUUCAAAAGGCGUCGGGGGACUUCCCGGAGCCACGGAGCCCGUGUCGCGCGGCCGACCGGCCCACGGAGCCCAUGGACCUGAGCGCCGCCGCCGCGCUGUGUCUCUGGCUGCUGAGCGCCUGCCGUCCCCGCGACGGGCUGGAAGCGGCAGCGGUGCUCGGAGCGGCGGGGGCAGGACCAGCCUGGAGCCCCGGGGGCGGCGGCGGAGUCGGACGGACCCUCGUCCCUGCUCGGGGCCCUUCGGCUCUCCAGGCCUCCGCAGUUCCUGGGCCCCGCGCUGUGCGCCGCGCUGCGGGCUCUGGCUUCAGGAACGGCUCCGUGGUGCCACACCACUUCAUGAUGUCACUUUACCAGAGCCUGGCUGGGAGGGCUCCGUCACCCUCGGGGCAGGGCCAUGCGGACACGAUCACUGGCUUCAUAGACCAAGCGACUCAAGGAGCCGAGCCGAGCCAGAACUUUCUAUUCGAUGUAUCCGGCCUCCCAGACACCGACGAGGUGGUGAGUGCCCAGCUACGCGUGCUACGCCAGAGGUCUCCUGAGCCAGACCUGGAAGGUGCGACCCUCCCUCCGCUGCUGCAGCUGUCCUCAUGCCCGGACACCGCCCGCACAUCUUACCUGCUACACUCGCGGUCUGCCGAGCCCCUUGAAAUGGCGCGAUGGGAAGCGUUUGACGUGACGGACGCGGUGCAGAGCCACCGUCGCGAUCCGCGUAUCUCCGGCAAGUUCUGCCUGGUUCUGCGCGCGGUGACCGGCUCCGGGAGCAGCCCGCUGGCCCUGCGGCGACUGGGCUUCGGCUGGCCGGGCGGCGGCACCGCGGAGGAGCGCGCGCUCUUAGUGAUCUCCUCCCGAACACAGAGGAAGGACAGUCUGUUUCGGGAGAUCCGUGCCCAGGCCCGUGCGCUCCGGGCCGCCGCAGAGCCGCCACCGGAUCCCGGACCAGGCCCUGGCUCUCGGAAAGCAACCCCGGGCGGACACAGGCGGCGGCGGACGGCGCUGGCGGGGACGCGGGGAGCGCAGGGCAGCGGUGGAGGCGGCGGCAAGGGCCAUGGGCGCAGGGGUCGGAGCCGCUGCAGCCGCAAGCCUUUGCAUGUGGACUUUAAGGAGCUGGGCUGGGACGACUGGAUCAUCGCGCCUUUAGACUAUGAGGCAUAUCAUUGUGAGGGCGUUUGUGAUUUUCCCCUGCGCUCGCACCUCGAGCCCACCAACCAUGCUAUCAUUCAGACACUACUCAACUCCAUGGCACCCGACGCGGCGCCAGCCUCCUGCUGCGUGCCCGCACGCCUCAGCCCCAUCAGCAUCCUCUACAUCGAUGCCGCCAACAACGUGGUCUACAAGCAGUACGAGGACAUGGUGGUGGAGGCCUGUGGCUGCAGGUAGCAUGCGGUCUUGGG